AAAAUGAGCCUUACAGACAUUCUAAGCCCUUCUGAUAUCGCUGCUGCUCUGCGGGACUGCCAAGCUCCAGAUUCCUUUAGUCCCAAAAAAUUCUUUCAGAUCAGUGGGAUGUCUAAAAAGAGUAGCAGCCAGCUCAAGGAGAUCUUCAGGAUUCUCGACAAUGAUCAAAGUGGCUUUAUUGAAGAAGAUGAGCUCAAGUAUUUCCUUCAGAGGUUUGAGUGUGGAGCCAGAGUGUUAACCACCUCAGAAACCAAGACCUUCUUGGCAGCUGCAGAUCAUGAUGGGGAUGGUAAAAUCGGGGCUGAAGAAUUCCAGGAAAUGGUGCAGGCUUAGAGGUUCAAAAGGAGCAAACCCGAUAGAAUUGGAUGAAUCUGCAGGAGACACUCACAAACCUUGAAAAUCAGGAGUCCCUUAUUUAUCUUGACAGUGUCUGUUAUUUUUUCACUGCCUUAGCAACAUAAUGAAACACUGAUUACUGAUUUUUUCAUUGUGUGGACUAUUUACCAUGUUUUAACCUCUACUUUAGCAGGCACUUCCCUUAAAAAUAUCCAAUAAAAAUUAAUCAUAUACUGUAGCCUGUGUCUG